GGGCGUGUGACUGGCGGCGUGAAAUCAUUCCGACACACGCACCGGCGCAACGGAGGAGGAUGUAUACCCGGACAAGCGACAUAAAAGGCAAAGCUAGCUGCUGUUUCUGAACUGAAAUCGUUUUUAUGCAAUUGGAAAGGAUUAAUUCUUAAACAAGUGUGUCUGUUCAGUUGGAGAUUCGUGUGGUUUCCCUGACGAUGAGGAUUGUGAGUCCUGCUAAUGAACAGAACUGAGGUCUGACAGACUAUAAACGCGCAACACAAUGGAGUCCUUCACAUCAAAACUGCCGGGUCAGGCUCACAAGAUGCCAUGGAGCCGAACAUUGUUAUCCUUGCUCAUAGUCGGAUGUUUGGUAGCAGUCAUUUCCACAGACGAAGACUAUUACAAGCUUUUAGGAGUGUCCAAAGAAUCCACCACAAGAGAGAUCAGACAGGCGUUUAAAAAGCUGGCCUUGACGAUGCAUCCCGACAAAAAUCCGAAUGACCAGAGCGCCCAUGACAAGUUCCUGAAGAUAAACCGGGCUUACGAGGUUCUGAAGGAUGAGGACCUGCGGAAGAAGUACGACAAGUAUGGGGAGAAGGGUCUGGAUGAGCAGCAGGGCGGCCGCUACGAGAGCUGGAACUACUACAGAUACGACUUCGGUAUCUAUGAUGAUGACCAGGAGAUCAUCACGUUAGACAGAGGAGACUUUGAUGCGGCAGUGGGCUCUGGAGAGCUGUGGUUUGUGAACUUCUACUUCCCCCGGUGCUCGCACUGCCACGAGCUGGCCCCCACGUGGAGGGAGUUUGCUAAAGAGAUGGACGGAGUGAUGAGGAUCGGGGCUGUGAACUGCGGAGACAACGGCAGGCUCUGCCGCAGCAAAGGCAUCAACAGCUACCCCAGCCUGUACAUAUAUAAAGCUGGAAUGAAUGCUGAAAAGUACUAUGGAGACCGAUCAAAGGAGAGCUUGGUGAAGUUUGCAAUGCAGUUUGUGACGAGCAAAGUCACAGAGCUAUGGCAAGGCAAUGCCUUCAAUGAGAUUGAACAAGCUUUUGCGUCCAGGGUUGGGUGGCUCAUCGCUUUCUGUGCAGAAACUGGAGACUGUUUGACACCACUGACGAGGCAGAAAUUAGCAGGAAUGUUGGACGGGCUGGUGAAUGUGGGAUGGAUGGACUGCUCCAUGCAGACGGACCUGUGUGAAGGGUUUGAGGUGACCUCCACCACCACAGCCUACUUCCCCCCUGGGAGCACCCUGCAGGAGAGGGACAGCGUGCUGUUCAUCCAGAGUCUGGACGCCAGAGAAAUCUACAAUCAAGUGCUGCAGCGUCUACCAGAGUUGGAGACGCUGACAUCAGAAACCUUUGAGGCUAAGCUGGCCCACCAUCGUUGGCUGGUGACCUUCACUUUCGGACAGAAGGACUUGGAAUCACCCGAGUACAAGAAGCUGAAGGCACUUCUAAAAGAACAUCAUAUCCAGGUGGGGAAAGUUGACUGUAAGACAGAAUUGGAGCUGUGCAGGUCCCUCUACAUCCAGAAGCCCUGCAUCGCAGUCUUUAAAGGCCUGGGUGUGAAUGAUUUUGAGAUCCACCACGGGAAGGACGCCCUGUACAACAUCGUGGCCUUCGCCAAGGAGAGCGUCAGUGCCCAUGUGACCACGCUGAGGCCCGAGAACUUCCCCAGUCACGAGAAGGAGCCCUGGCUGGUCGACUUCUUCGCCCCCUGGUGCCCCCCCUGUCGCGCCCUCCUCCCUGAGCUGAGGAAGGCCUCUGUGCAGCUGUUUGGCCAGCUCAAGUUUGGGACGCUGGACUGCACCAUACACGAGGGGCUCUGCAGCACGUACAACAUUCACGCAUAUCCCACCACGGUGAUCUUCAACAAGUCCAGCAUUCAUGAAUAUGAGGGUCACCACUCGGCUGACGGCAUUCUGGAGUUCAUCCAGGACCUGGUGAACCCCUCGGUGAUAUCUCUGACCCCGGAAUCCUUCCAGUCCCUGGUAAUGCGGAGGAAGUCCAGUGAGACGUGGAUGGUGGACUUCUACGCACCCUGGUGUGGGCCCUGCCAGGCGCUACUGCCCGAGUGGAGGAGGAUGGCUCGGCUGUUGAGUGGGCAAAUCAACGUGGGCACGGUGGACUGUCAGAAACACCACUCCUUCUGCCAGGGAGAGGGUGUCCGGGCGUACCCCGAGAUCCGCCUGUUCCCCCAGAGCUCCACCCAUCACAGCCAGUACCAGAGCUAUAAUGGCUGGAACCGAGAUGCCCACUCUCUGAAGACCUGGGGCCUGGGGUCUCUCCCCAGGGCAUCUGUGGACCUGUCCCCGGAGGACUUCAGGCUGAAGGUUCUGGGUGGGACGGAGCACUGGGUGCUGGACUUCUACGCCCCCUGGUGUGGGCCCUGCCAGCACUUUGCCCCCGAGUUUGAGCUUUUGGCUCGGAUGCUGAAAGGCAGUGUACGAGCUGGAAAGGUGGACUGCCAGGCCUACAGUCAGACCUGCAUGAAUGCAGGCAUCCGGGCCUACCCCACUGUGCGCUUCUACCCUUAUGUGGGCACAAACAGGCGAGAGCAGGGCGGAGAGUACAUUAACAGCCGCGAUGCGAACGUCAUCGCCGAUGUGGUGCAGCAGCGGCUCCAGCAGAUAUCUCCACGGUUACACGGCGAGUCCUCCAAACUCAACGAUGAGCUGUAGACUGGAGUGGAGCAGAGAAUCACUCGCUGAAAGCCGCAACACUGACUCGCUUAACGAAAGACUCUUCGCCAGAGAUGUGCUGCAGACGUUUACUGCAGAGCCAGAAUGGAGACUGAUGUACUGUGGACGUUUAUUGCAGAGCCAGAAUGGAGAUUCAUGUUGUGUGGAUGUUUACUAUAGAGCCGGAAUGGAGACCUGUUAUUUCCUGGGAGAAGUUCUGCAGCUGAGCUUACUGUAGGCUGUUCACUGCUCAGUGAGUGAACUGCUCUUUAUCAAAAGAACUGUACUCUGAAUGUAUGCGGGAGAAUCACUAAAGACUCUCAGGCUCGUCGUUGGUGUAUUCAUAAGGUAUUGGAAAGUACCUGUUAACCUUUCUGAUGCAUUGAAUCUGUGGAAAGUUUGGCAGCAUUUGGACCCAGAACACAGGCCACACUGUAAGGGAGGAACAGCAUGGGGGCCCCUGCAGUCUGUCCCUCUCUCUCCCUCUCUCCCCCUAUCCCUCUCUCCCCCCUCUCCCUUUCCCUCUCUCAUUGUCUCUUACCUCCCAGGUCAUUUACUUUCACCGGUUUUUCCGUACUGUAGGUUACAUAUCUAUCAGGUAUUGUCCAUCUGUAUUCAGGCAUCAUUCCUCUUGUGGGUAGAAGGUCUGAUGUGAUGUUCACUUUCUCCACCCUCCUUGAAAUGUCCCAUUCCUUAUGGUUCUACCUGCACUCAAGAGGGUGGUGUGUGUUACAACAUGCAAGGCAGCAAGCUUUGCUCCAUUUCAUUUUUCCAGUAUAAUCCCUUAUCCUUCAGACCCGAUUGUAAAGCGGACUGCAGUAUUUCAACGAUUGGUAGUUCUGAAUCUUUUCCAAGUGACCUUUAUGUAAUGUUAUGUUUUUUAUUUCAAACACUCAAAAACGAUGGUUUAGAUUCUGGUGAUAAGGACCCCCCUCCAGCCCUCAUAUUCUUCUGUAAAAUAAUAAAGUUGUGUUCUGUUUUUACACAAUUUUA